UUUAUUUAUGCUUCUCUACCGUCACCUUCAUCUUUCCCUCCUCCUCCCCCCGCAUAAGCUUCCACCACCCUCUUCCUUUCAGCAUGCCUCUCUCUCUCUCUCUCUCUCUCUCUCUCUCUAAACUGGUGAAGAGCUUAUAGCUAACACUAAACUUGCCUUUUCAUGUGAACUUGUAUUAUAACCUUCCUUCCAAUGAUUCCAAGCUUCAAUCACCCUCACCUUCUCGCUCUCUCUUCUUCUCGAAAACUUUCCCUUCUCAAACACAAUCUUUCCUCUCCAUUCCUCCCUUUUCCUUCCUCUCUCUCCAAAAUCUUCUCAUAAAAUCCAAGAAAUUAUAUAUAUAUAUAUAGACACACACACACACACUCCCUUUCUCAAGCUUUCUUCUUUCUCCUCAAAAUCUCUCUCUCUUAAUUCCAGCUAUUGGCCUCUCAAAAAGCUCUCUCCUUUCUCAUCAAAGCCUCUCUCUCUCUCUCUAAUUUACCCCUCCAAGCUCACGCUUUUCUCUUGAAAGCUCCACUCUUUUCCAAAUCUACAAAAAAACAAAUCCCUCUCCAAACCCAAGAUCAACCCAAAAAGAUGUUUUUCUGUUGUGGAGUAGAAUCUGUAGUUAUACUAGGCUUCGGUCGCUGGGCUUGGAAGCGUUGCACAUACAUUGGUGCUAAUGACAGUGCAAACUGGACCUUGGCAACCCCAGAAGAGUUUGAACCAAUCCCUCGUAUGUGUCGUUUAGUUCUUGCUGUCUACGAAUCAGAUCUUCACAACCCUCAAUUCAUUCCUCAACAUGGCUACCGCUUAAACCCAGAUAGGGUUAUUAAGCGUGUAACUUAUGAACAAACACAAGGGCGUGCCCCUCCUUAUAUAAUUUACAUAGAUCAUGAUCAUAAAGAGAUUGUUUUGGCGAUUCGGGGAUUGAAUUUAUACAAAGAGAGUGAUUAUAAAACGUUGUUAGAUAAUAGGUUAGGAAUGCAGAUGUUUGAUGGAGGUUUUGUGCAUCAUGGGUUGUUGAAGUCUGCUGUUUGGUUAUUGAAUGAAGAAGGGGAGACAUUGAAGAGGUUGUGGGAGGAGAAUGGGAAAGUGUAUGAUAUGGUUUUUGCUGGACAUUCUUUAGGGUCUGGCGUAGCGGCUUUGUUAACUGUUAUUGUGGUUAAUCAUAGAGAUAAGUUAGGAGGGAUUCCUAGGGAGAAGAUUAGGUGUUAUGUUAUGGCUCCAGCGAGGUGUAUGUCACUUAAUUUGGCCGUUAAGUAUGCUGAUGUUAUUCACUCUAUAAUUUUGCAGGAUGAUUUCUUACCAAGAACAGCUACUCCAUUGGAAGAUAUCUUUAAGUCAAUCUUCUGCUUGCCCUGCUUGUUGUUUUUGGUUUGCUUGAGAGAUACCUUCAUUCCAGAAGGUAGAAAGCUUAGAGAUCCAAGAAGACUUUAUGCUCCUGGACGAAUGUAUCAUAUUGUAGAGAGAAAAUUUUGCAGAUGUGGGAGGUUUCCACCGGAGGUCAGAACUGCCAUUCCUGUAGAUGGAAGAUUUGAACACAUUGUCCUAUCAUGUAAUGCCACAUCUGAUCAUGGAAUUAUUUGGAUAGAAAGGGAAUCACAGAAAGCCUUGGAGAAAAUGAAGGAAAUCAGUUCUGAAACCAUCACAACUCCUCCGGAUGUACAAAAAUUUGAAAGGAUGCAGACAAUUGAACAAGAACACAGGGAUGCAUUGGAAAGAGCUGUCAGUUUAAAUAUUCCUCAUGCUGUGGCCACCCCUGAUGCAGAGCCCUGCAUGGAUAAUGAUGCAGAACCCUGCAUGGAUAAUGGAACAGUGCCUUCCCAGUCCGAGGGUGAACAAGCCUCGAAAACUAAAUCUACUUCCAGUGGCGGAAAGACUAACUGGGAUGAAGUGGUUAAAAAACUUUUCAAGAAGGGCGAGUCGGGACACCUUGUCUUAAACAAAGAUGUAACUGCUCUAAAUAACAUUUCUGUUGUUCAACCUUCGUGAAUACACUUAAUCUUUCUUUCAAUCUUUUAGUAAGAACUGAGAGUUUGUGUAUCUUGUUGCCAUAAUGCCAUUCAACCCCUGGUUUGUUGCACCUGUGCAAGAAAAUGAGGAACAGAAGCAGAAUUGCACCCGAUCCUUUGUAGAUACAUUAUCUUCUGAUUCUUCAUGUGUUUGUCUCGCCCGGAAGGGGCUUUCCAUUAGAUCUGGAAGGGGCUUUUCAUUA